CGAGUACGUCCUUCGUCUUCCUGGGACAAGCAACGCGCAGGAUAUCUUUCGAUAUAUAAUCGUCGCUCGAUUAUAUCGCGACGCGCUCCUUUUUCAAUUUUCAUAAGAAGAAUCGUGCCAGGACUCUUUCUCUUUCUCUCUCUCUCUCUUUCUCACACUCUCGUACUCGAUCUUAUUCGCGUUCACCGCGUUUAUCGCGAUCGCCGCGAUUUCGAUCCUCGAUCCAACAUCCUCCGCGCGAGAGGAAGAAAACAAAUAAAUCUUGGAUUUCGGAUGCGAUAAUUCGUUCCCGUAAUUAAAUAAUCGUAUAUUUCUCGGGAGAGAAAUGGGCAAAGUAGUGAUUCCAUGGCUGAUGGUGGCGAUAGUGCCCAUGAUCGCUGCAACCAUCGAGCAGCGUGCUCUCAGCAAGAGGAACGCCCCGGCCAAUCUCGAUUAUCCCGACUAUUCGACCAAGUACGACGAAUAUCCGGUGGUGGUGCCAAAGAGGGCAGCCCUUUUGUUCGAUCGAUUAAUGGUCGCGUUGCAAAAGGUUGUGGACAAUCAAAACAAAGGAGAGCUGGAUGGCAGUAGACCGUUUGUAAGAUCGCCCCAUCUAUCGAUUGAGAAUUCGCAAAUUAUUCCUUCUACGGACGAGCAAACGAUGAAGAUGGAUCUUCAGCGACGAGGUCAAGCGAAAGGGCGUGUUUAUUGGCGUUGUUAUUUCAAUGCUGUGACGUGCUUCAAGAGAAAGUGAUAAUAAGCCAACGUAACCAGCCUUCGAAACCCGACUAUUCGCAUGCUUUCCCCGGUUGAAAGAGAAACAAAUAAAUCACAAAUUCAGAACAAAACUAGAUCUUAAAUCCAACGAUGAAUCUAUCAUUUAUUUUGAAUCGAAUUAUUUUCUCGCUUUCGAAUCACUUCUCAUCUAUCUUCUUGAUGACUAUUUAAGUUCUUGCGUAUCACUAUUAAUAUGGUGCGGUUGUAUUAAACAGUGUUAACUAAUAUAUCUGUCUGGUUUAUAAAACGAUCGUUAUACAAAAUUAAAUAUUAAGACGAAUCGAAUUAGUCGAAACG